AUGGCAGCGUUCAGCUGUUUACUACUAGUCAAAUCCCUCGACAGACAUAACAACUCAGCCUGGCAGCUUGGUCCACAAAGGCAAAUGCAAGAGACGUCGAAGGUGUUCAGCGUAUAUAAUCCUCUGGACUACGAGUCCGUUCAGGGCCCUCGUGCGGACUAUAUAGCGCCUGAUGUCGCAAAAGUGUCCAUGCUUUAUGGCGAUAAUGAUUACUACUUGCGAGCCAUCGAGACUCACAUCAAGCACGCGAAAAGACAUCGCUAUCCCACAUACAUUCUCAGGAAGGAGCUUAUCAAUGGCGUCUGGAACAAGCUGUUGUGUUUGAUGCACGCUAUGGUAUCAGAACUAAGCAAAGGCGAGCAUGCUGCUAAGUGGAUAAUGUGGUUUGAUGCGGAUUCCGCGGUCGUCAAUCCCGCAGUUCCUCUGACAGUCUUCCUUCCGCCUGAGGAACAUUCUGACAUACAUUUCCUUGGCUCGAAAGACCAAUCAGGCUUCAAUGCCGGGAUGUUCUUCAUCAAGGUCCACAAAUGGUCCCUAGAACUUCUCGCUAACGCCAUGACCUACGAGCACCAUCGCCCGGAUAUCGAUCUCAGCUUCCUGGAGCAGACCUCGUUAUAUCUUGAGCUGAAUCGGACCGAGAACCGCAAGCAUGUCCUAUAUCAGCCUCGUCCAUGGUUCAACACAUAUGAAUUCCACCAUGCAUAUGAAGGAGAAAAGGGUGACGUCUUUGUACACUUUCCAGGCCUUGAGGAGGAUCGAUGGAAGCAUAUGGCCGACUGGCUAAGCAUACUGGAAGGUCCCCAGCAGAAGGACUGGGAAGUCGAGCUUCACCAGACCAAGUAUCCAGCGCGCGUGGCGGAGUUCUGGGAGGUAUUUGGGACAGCGAGAAAGCAGUUAGAAAUGGCAAAUGAGCGCAUUCGAGGCCAGGAGCCCACUCGGCAGCCGCUACGGGAGGCUAUGGACGCUGCAGAGAGGAUUUUGUGGUCGGAGACAGAUCAAAUCGUGGCGAUGAAAGAGGCUACUCAGCGGCUCACAAAAGAGAUGAGCGCCGCAGGUCUGAUGGUGGCUGUGGAAGCUGUAACGUAG